AUGAUCAUUCGUAUGGCCCCCUUUGCCUAUGUCCGUGGUGGAAGCGGCAUCGCACGCUUCAUGGGCAUGGCAAAGGUCAUGGGCGGGAUCCCUACUGUGGAUGGUGUCACCAUGGGUGCCCUGUUGAAUGUUAUCAAUUCUUCGGCCGGUACGCCCACCAAGGACAUCACUUAUGAUGAAGCGUUAGAUAAAUCUGGAGAAACUAUCGCGUGGUUUCUCAAGGCUAAAAAUAGAGCUUCAGAGAUGAAAGCGCACAAGAAGCUUGGGUGGCAACCGAAGGACACGCCACUUCUUGAAGACAUCGAGUCUGGUUCAUACGCUAUCAAAAAGUAG